UAAUAUUUUAAUGAUUGUAAUGUAUGUCAGUAAUACACAAUUUAGUGAGUUACAGUCCUUACACACACACACGUCUGUUUGUGAACAUGUGUAUCCUGUUAUAUAGAGACGUAUUAUUAUUAUUAUUAAUGUCUGUCUCAGUUUGAACAGUUUAUUCCGCAGGUUGGUCGCGCGGAACUUUAAUUGUGCGGAGCUUCUUCCGUGACGAACACAGUUCUGUGUUGCACAUGAUCAGGAAGUCUGCAUCAAUGCAGGCUCGUUGUCGGAGGGCUUAAUAAUUCACUUCACCUCCUCAUUAGGUGGCUUGGGUCGGCACUUUAUGUGGUGGAGCCCCUGCGUAGACCUGGAAACGGAAUGGAAGUGGGUAGGUAGAGGGUGUAGGGCCCCAUCAGGGACCAGGAGCAGGAGGAGCAGGAGGAGCAGUAGAGGAGCGGAAUGGAGGAGGACAAGCAGAACCCGGAGCACCGGAGCAACAAGGUCCGGAGAAGACAAGCAGCAGGCUCGUCCUCUGAUAGCAGCGAUGUUGAGGAACAGAGAGGAAGAGAGGAACUUAUACGUCACCACCGUGACAAAUCCUUCACAACAUCUGGACCUUUAAAAAUUCAUCAAAGAGUUCAAACUGGAGAGAAACCAUACAGCUGUGACCACUGUGAGAAAACAUUUUUGCGCUGCAGUGCCCUCAAAGCCCAUCAACGCAUUCACAUUGAAGGGGAACUGUCCAGUUUUUUCCAAAGUGGGAAGGAUUUUACAAAGUCAGGGAGCUCAAAAAAACAAGACAUUGACACAGCAGAGAAACUGUUUAGCUGUGAUCAAUGUGAGAAAGCUUUCACCACUCUACGUAGCUUAAAAAGUCACCACUGUGUUCACACUGCAGAGAAGUCGCACUGCUGUGACCAAUGUGGGAAAACUUUUUCGCAACGCACGUCCCUUGAAAUUCACCAAAGAAUUCACACAGGAGAGAAACCGUACAGCUGUGAUCAAUGUGAGAAAGCUUUCACCACUCUACGUAGCUUAAAAAGUCACCACCGUGUUCACACUGCAAAGAAGUCGCACUGCUGUGACCAAUGUGGGAAAACUUUUUCGCAACGCACGUCCCUUGAAAUUCACCAAAGAAUUCACACAGGAGAGAAACCGUACAGCUGUGAUCAAUGUGAGAAAGCUUUCACCACUCUACGUAGCUUAAAAAGUCACCACCGUGUUCACACUGCAAAGAAGUCGCACUGCUGUGACCAAUGUGGGAAAACUUUUUCGCAACGCACGUCCCUUGAAAUUCACCAAAGAAUUCACACAGGAGAGAAACCGUACAGCUGUGAUCAAUGUGGCAAAGCUUUCACACAGUCAGCUCACUUGAAAGCCCAUCAGCGCAGUCACACAGGAGAGAAACCAUACAGGUGUGACCAAUGUGGGAAAAAGUUUUCCCAAAUAAGAACCUUAAUAUCUCAUAAACAUAUUCACACCGGGGAGAAACCAUACAGCUGUGAUCAAUGUGGCAAAGCCUUUGCACAGUCAGGGGCCUUAAAAUGCCACCAACGUAUUCAUACAGGAGAGAAACCGUACAGCUGUGAUCAAUGUGGUAAAGCCUUUGCACUGUCAUGGACCUUAAAAUUCCACCAACGCAUUCACACAGGAGAGAAACCAUACAGCUGUGAUCAGUGUGGCAAAGCCUUUGCAAAGCCAUGGACCUUUAAAAGCCACCAACGUAUUCACACAGGAGAGAAACCGUACUGGUGUGAUCAAUGUGGAAGAUUAUUUGCCUGGUGCAGUACUUUGAGAACCCACCAAUGCAGGCAUGCAGGAGAGAACCCAUACAACUGUGACUAGUGUGAGAAAGCUUUUAUUGAAAGGUAUGACCUAAAAAUCCACCAACGUGUUCACAUCAGAGAGAACCCGUCCUGAUGUGACCAAUGUUGGUAGUGACAUUAAAGCCCACACGUGUUUACCCUGCAUUGUUUUGGACAUUUUCAGGGCCAGGCAAACAUCUUCCUACUGCUUCCUCCCCAUGCCCUGAUAGCUGUGUUGAUAUCUUACUUUUGUCUUUGAUUAUUUUUAUCUGUUUAUUUAUUUUAACUGUAACCUCAUGUUGGACCACCAGAUUCCUCCCUGUAGGACUCCCAUGUGUGAGAGCUGAUGUAGAGGCAGAUAAUGUAUUGUUCUAUAUCAAAUGUGAAAAUAAUGUCAGUUUCAAAAGGUCAUAGAAACAGUUGACCAGAUGUCAGAUUUCGCAAUAGGAAGGACUCCUUUUAAGAAGUUGUUUUUGAAUACUGUCGAGUUGUUGUACUUUGGAGUUACUGGGAAGGACUCCUUUUAGGAGUUGUUUUUGAGAAAUUGAGUAAUUCUUGUACGAUCAUUUCCAGGAAAUCAAACUUGGCAGAACGGUUAGGUCCCAGACCCAGGCACAUCUGCACACACGCACACAAACGAACAGAUGCUCACUCACUCAGAUAGUAUAAAGGUUUUUGGAAGUUGCAUGAGCGGGGCUGUGUCCGCUGUUUUCUACGACCUGUAUUGUUGAGUUGUACUUUGCAAUUAAAGUAAUCCCACUGGCUGUAACUUUUC